GCUGCUGUGUUUCAGACAAGCAGGACAUACGGAGAGGACAGUAGACAGCUCUGGGACACAUUCACUUUGAUUCAUACCCGGAGACCGAUACCACCGUGGCCGGUGAACCCGCGGAGGGAGCAUGUCCCGGUGUUCAUGUUUUACACACUGAGGCGCGAUAUUGGAGCUUUCUUCAGGAAGGGACCCUAAGCUUCGCACAGGGAUGUAUCUGUCCUGGGGCGGCAUAUACGGGAUGUUAUCACCCUGGAAAUGUAGAGGUUAGACAACUUUCUCUAUUUCUGGCCUCUGUUUGAUACAGUUCAGACACUCGGAUAUUACUCUGUCGGCAGAUGAGCUUGGUCUGUGGGAGUAGACAGGUAGCCUCUGCUGUCACUCAUGCCAGCCCACGACAUUUCAGAUCAAUUCUGGAACUAAUCCAAUAGUAUUCUCCCCCCACCAGUUGCAUUGAAAACGUGUGUAAAGCAGUGACUGUGAGAGGAGUUUCAGAGCUAUUCAACAUACCCUAUCACGUGAGUGUAACUGUAAUUGGAAUGAUCAUUUAGCUCUUAAAGAGUUUCCAACCCGUCGCCACUGCACACUGCUCUGUGUGUGUGCUGAGCUAUGCAGACUGACUGGAGCCGCACUCAGACAGCUCCACUGUGAACCCGGCUCUAAGGUGCAGGCCUGGACUGCUUUCACACAGAGAAACUUUUACAGCUGAGGAAAGCUCCCUUAAACUCUCGAUCCAGAGGGACGAGUGGUGCGGAGUAGCAGAUGUUACACAGCUUUGUGUAUUAUGUGUGUAUGUGCGGAUUAUUCAGAGUGCUGCUAUGCAGACAGAGUGGAGCCACAGAAAAUCUGCUGUGAAGUUUGAGUAACACUCAGGCUGUGCAGCUCCUGUCAGUGCAGCCAGUUGAAGAAAUGUGUUGCACUGUUAGCAGCUGAAGGUUUUUAAGAGGGAUUUUGUUGUUGCAGGAUUUAAAUAUAAUUUAAAACAAAGACUCCUACAGGUUAUGCAUUUGUACAUUAUGAAUUGGUAACUUAAUAAGUUGUGCCUGAAACGCAAAAGUCCCACCUGACUUUUUUUUUUUUACAGUAAAGAAGCACAUGCAAAGAUGUUAAAAAUGUUUUGUUAAAAUUAUUUGCACUCAUCUGGGUUGUUAUUUACACCAAUUGUCAGGAAAUGAAGAACCCUCAUUCACUCAAUAAUACCUGGAAUAGAUCCAUUAACAAAGACAAAGUCCUAAUGUCGGUGCCUAGCAACAACAAGAAGUUCAAAAGAAAGUCUCAGGAGCCUAAAAGGCAUUAUAGUGGCCCGGAGUCGGACAGGAUGGAAACCCAACCAGCCAACAUGUCGGAUGUGGACUCAGUGGAUGACCUCCUGACUGAGGCAUGUCAUUACAGCAGGUUGGCACCACCUAUAAGGAGACAGCUAAUCUUAUCACAAGAAGGGAUGGCCGGUACUACAUCAAAUCUGUCAGGACUACCAGAGAGCGAAAUGGCUCUAGCCCAGGGUGGUGCCAUAGACAUGAGAAUUGGUACUAAUGUGCCUGGCAUCACUUCCAAACUGUCCCAGUUACCUGCCUCUCCAUUCUCCAACUCUGAGAUCUCCCAGUGGCCCACAUCCAUAUCCCAGCCUCUGACGAACAGACUCAAAAUGGGCCUUCGCCCCACUUUCCUUCAGUCAACAUCCACCAGCAGCAGCCUUUCACCCAGCCACCAGGCCAUCUCUCUGGAGCCCUGUCUGUCAGCGGCAGCUCUGUCUGUAGAGCCCCAGGUCCAGUCACCUCAGGAGUCUCCAAGGAAACAUGUUGGGAUGAGUGCUCAUGGACCUGGGGGUCACCCAGAGGUCAAAGCCAUCCAGCAGACUAGGAGGCUUCUUGCCAACGCCAGAGAGAGGACGCGUGUCCAUACCAUCAGUGCUGCGUUCGAGGCUCUGAGGAAGCAGGUGCCAUGUUACUCUUAUGGGCAGAAGCUAUCCAAGCUGGCAAUAUUACGCAUAGCCUGCAACUACAUCCUGUCUCUGGCUCAGUUGGCUGAGCUGGACUAUAGUUCAGACCCCAACAGUCUGAGCUUCUCUCAGUGUGUGGAGCAGUGUACCAGGACCCUGCAAGCCGAGGGUAGAAGCAAGAAGAGGAAGGAGUGAAGCUGAUGAAAGUGGAAAGGCCCAAGGAUGCAGAACACUGACAUCACAAGCGACCAGAUGUGGAUAAAUGAAAGAGUGAUGCAUAUGGAUUAUACUUAUUGUCAUGAAUAGCUCUCCCCACUCAAAACGUAUCAAUAUUUAUCUGAACAGAAUUUUAUAGGUUAUGUUCAUCAAGCAACACACUCAACUGACAGGAAAAGAGAUUUAAACUCACAUAGGGACUAAAAUACUAAACUGUAGCUGUCUGCUACUUACCUUACUGUGCUCCAACUCUGUGUACGAGCCGUGGUUGCCUUGUGCAUCAAAGUAUAAGUAUGCAUUUCCUCCCUGCAACACUCCCUUUUCAGCAGACACACUUUUGACAAGCAGGAAGCUGGUCCGGUCACAGAACGCUCUGAGACUCAGUCAGUUUAACGAGGAUCUAAAAUUUGACCUCACACUGUGGACAUCACUGCAGGUGAAGCAGCUCAUUCAUUUAGCAUCUUCUUUAACAAUAGAUAUAACUAUACUUUAAAGACCAUAAUAUCUGAAAUUAUGACAACUAAUAAAAAUACAUUUAAAUAUUUUAUAAAUAUAUUACCCCGCUGUAAUUUCUUACAAACCACACAUUGAUGCAACAGACUGAUAUACAUUGUAAGAACAGAUAAUCAAAGGCCACAGUACACUUUUAUAAUGAAACACAUUGAAGGGCCACUAGAGUGACUUAAUAUCCCACCUCUUUAAGGUAGGGACUUUUGAGACAGAUUUUAUAGAAAAUGUUGUUACAGUAAAAGGUGAGAUAUAUCCACUUUUAGGAUACAUCCUCACUCCCAUUAUGCAAAGCAAAGUUCUACUGGGAUUAUGCGUAGCAUCCACACUGCUCUAAGUUUUACAACCCCUGAAACUGAAGAUUUGAGAAGGAUCCUGACACUGUUUUAGCCGAUGUUUAAGAGACAGAGACAGCGGAGUGAGAGGAGUGAUUGCGAACACAGAUUGUGACUUAUUGUAACACCCUACGGUUACCUCAGUAAAUAUUCAACCCAUUCUUUCUUCUGAUCAUUGACAUGAAAAUGGCAUUGUUCUAAUGGACAAAUCAGGAUAAAGUUGAAUGUGUUUUAGACCAUUUGGUCCGUCUCAGCAACACAUUAACACAAGUCAGAUGUUUCACUAACUCACUAAUACUCGUAAUGCUAAACAGGUUUGUUAGCUGUGUACAUAUCUCAUUUUGGCUAAAUAAACAAUGUUUUUAAGCCCUACACAUUUGAAGGCACAAGUGUUGACCCAUCCUUAAGGAAGUAAAACUUUGAUUUGUAACCGCACACUUUUAAAAGAUUGUUGUGGAUGAGAGGAAACAUGGAGUCAGACGUAGGCUAUGGUAAGCAGCCUUGUAACUGCACUUGAACAUUAAAAUGGGUUUUUGCCCACUGAAUAUGU